AUGGCGCUUAGCGACUUCUUUGAGACCACCGGCGGUGGCACUAGCAGCUGGGCCGAUGAGAUGGAGGCUCUCCCCACUGCCCCUGCCCGUCGCGAGGACAGUGGCCCCCGCCGUGGCGAGCCUGGCUACCUUGACAGCAUGCCCGACCGUGGAGCCCGCACCUUCCCCGGCGCUCCCCAGGGCCGCGAGGAGCUCCCUCUCCCCGAUGUCCCUCCCUUCACCGCGUUUGUCGGCAACCUCACCUUUGAGACUGAGGACGAGGAGCUCCGCGAGUUCUUUGCCGACCUGAACCCCGUGUCGGUCCGUCUCGUCAAGGACCCCCAGACCGGCAAGUCCAAGGGCUUUGGCUACUGCGAGUUCCCUUCGCGCGACAACCUCAAGGCCGCCCUUGACCGUACCGGUGUCAGCCUCGCUGGCCGUUCGGUUCGCGUCAAUGUUGCCGAGGCCCCCGCUUCGCGUCGUGACUUCCCGUCUUCGGCUGCCGACGAGGCCAGCCAGUGGCGUCGUGCUACCCCGAUUGUUGCCCGUGACGCGCCCGCUCCCCGUCGCCAGUUCUCUGGUGCUGGUGCCCCUGGUGCCGGUGACGAGGACCGCGACUGGUCGUCUGCCCGUGGUGCCAAGUUUACCCCUGCUCCCCCCGCCCGCGAGUCCGGUUUUGGUGGCCGCUCGCGCGAGCACUCCCACGAGCCCACUGCCGCCGACGAGGCUGGCCAGUGGCGCUCGAGCCGCCCCUUCGUCGAGGCCCCGCCAUCCAGGCGUGAGGCUCCUCCUCACCGCCCCGCUGGUCUCGCUGACACCGAGUCCACCUGGUCGCGCGGCACUCGUGCACCUGUCACCCCUGCUGCGGCCCCGGAGCCUGCUGGUCGCCAGCGCCUGGCUCUCCUUCCCCGCUCCCAGCAGGCAAGUGCCACCCCUUCCCCCGAGUCGACUCCCGCGCCCGCCAAGGCUUCGCCCUUCGGUGCCGCCCGCCCCAUCGACACUGCCACCCGCGAGGCUGAGGCCGCCGCCCACGCUGAGGAGCGUCGCAAGAAGGAGCACGAGGCUGCCCAGAAGCGCAAGGAGGAGGCCAAGAAGGCCGCUGAGAAGCGCGAGGCUGAGCAGAAGGAGGCCAAGGAGCGCCGUCCCGUCCGCGUGCACCCUUCGCGUCUUCCUCCCAAGGAGGCCGCCGCGGCCCCCGCCGACGCCGCCCCCGCUGCCGCACCGGCUGCUGCCUCGGGUCCCGACGCCGACGGCUUUGAGACCGUGACCACUUCGCGCAGCAGGAAGGAGCAGUCGGACGCUCCCCGCGCCGCCGCUGCCCCCGCCAAGAAGGCCGCUGCGGGCUUUUCGUUUGCCGCCGCCGCCGGUACUAUUGCCGUCGACGACGUUGCCGACAAGCUCGCCGAGACCCAGGUCUAG